AACCUCACAUAACCUAGAAAAUUCCUUUUUUAAUAUUUUAUUUCACGAAAUGAAACUCGACAAGAUUUGUCGGACGUGUUUACUGGAAAAGGCAGGCCUGAAGCCCCUUUUCGGAGCAUGCGUUGCCAACAUGCUAAUGUCGUGCGCCUCAAUUCAGGUAAUCGAGGGUGAUGGACUCCCAGGACAAAUCUGCACCCAGUGCUUACAAAUGGUCAACCGCGCCUACAGUUUUAAACAACAGUGUGAAAAGUCAGAUGCUUCGCUUCGACAGUACAUAAAUAGUGUGGGGCUGCAAACCGUAGCACUACAAAAUGAGCCGAACAUAAUGAUCAGUGACAUGAAGGCCGACCAGUUGUUUGGUAGCAGCGAAGUCCUACAACAGUCGUCGAUUUUUCAGGAUAUUUUCAACGAUGCGACGUCACAUUCUUUGGUGGAUAAUUUUGGAAAUCAGAACGCUAGCACUGUGGUUUCUGAUUUGGCGGAAACUAUGGAAAGCUUGCAGACCAUAGCAGAGCAGUGUUUACCGGAAACGUGGGAAACGGAUACUCAGAUCAUGUCUUGCCAGAGCACGUCGCAAGAAACCACCAACUGUAGCACAUUUGAUUUAAAUUUAUACCGGUGCCAAUUCUGUGAAGACAUUUUUAAAGAUGAAUGGAGUCUCGGCGAACACAUCAAAAUCCACACAGGCCAAAGCAAAUAUUUUUGUUCAAUUUGUGGAAAAGUGUGCACCACUCCUGUAAUGCUGGACAAACACGUCAUGGACCACUCCAUUGACAAAGCAAAUUUCGAAGAAAAGAAACUCUGUAACACGAAUUUUAUGUGUAACAUUUGUGACCAAACUUUCAGCGACGAAAAGUUCCUAAAAAAGCAUUUGAAAGAGAUACAUUUUGGGGCGCUUGAUGAUUUGACUGACGGUGAACGAAAGCACGUGUGUACAAUCUGUAACAAAAGUUAUAAACAAAAUAAGUUGCUUGUGAUGCAUAUGAGGUCACAUACGGGUGAAAGACCCUUAAGUUGUGAGGUGUGUGGGCGCACUUUUGCACUACCGAGCUCGUUGUACAAACACAGGAAUAUUCAUUGUAAUGAGAAGAAGUUCGGGUGUAAUAUUUGUGGAAAGAAGUUUAAUCAGUCGUCGAAUCUAACCUCACAUUUGCGGACUCACACUGGGGAAAAACCGUACAUUUGUAACUUGUGUGGAAAAGCGUGUGCUUCAAGUGUAAAUCGUGACAUUCAUAUGAGAAUACACACCGGGGAAAAACCGUAUAAAUGCGUUAGGUGUAAUAGCGCUUUUGCUACAAGUACUCAAUUAAAAAAACACACCAUGAAACACACCGGGGAAAAACCGUAUCAUUGCUGGCAGUGCGGCAAAGCUUUCAGACAGAAAGAAACUAGGGACACUCAUGUUCGUUACCAUACGGGUGAAAGACCAUAUGCGUGUACCCUGUGUCCUAAGAAGUAUAUAGCGGCAAGCCAUUUGCGGGUGCACAUGAAAAAUCACAAUAACGACAGGAAGUAUCAUUGUCACAUUUGUAUGAAGAAGUUUGUAGAGGCGCGAAUUUUGAAAAGUCAUAUUUUGACGCAUACUGGGCAAAAACCGUAUUCGUGUGAGUAUUGCGGGAGCCAGUUUUCGCAGUCUGGGUCCUUGAAUAAUCACAUAAAAAACAGACACAGGCAAUAAUAAUGUCAAUGAAAAAUACUGUGAAAAGUCAACACAAUCUGUCAUGUAGGUAUUGGCCAGUGGCGUAUCAUUUGUGUUUUGAAAUGGGGGCUUUCUAAUGAAUACCCAUGAAAUAUGAAACGGCGGAAGGAAACAUUAUUGGGUGAAAUUUUCAAGCGCUUACAAAGAAUAAUGAAUGUGGUCCGACCGAUUCUUUCGUUUCAUAACCUACAGAGUACGAAAAAAUAGGUCUCCCAUUUUCGUCUGUCUGUCUGUCUGU